UGGAAUGAGUCUUGCUAGAGGUAUACUGGUGCCUUCCCCGAGCCCUUCCACCGGUCGGAGGAACUCGGUCACGUUUGCGGACCUUUGCCCCCCUCAGGAGGACGACAACAACAACAACAACAACAACAACAUCGACGCCGGCUCCUCUCCUUCCUGGUACGAGGCCCUGCACCCGUCCCGCACGCCGCGCUUCCACAAGCUGCUGGAGGAGAAACGCGCGGCGCUGUUUCCUUACGACAACUCCUCCUACAUCGUCGACCACCACAACCACCCCUACCACAACCACCACCACCAGGUUCCCCCGGACGACGCUUCUGCUGCUGCCAUCAUGGCGGUGCGUGGCACCGUGCCGCCUCCCGACUACUACCUGUUCGACACGGCCAUGUCAGCCCAGCCCCCUGAGGACCUGCACGGCCUCUACCACCACCACCACCAGCAGCGGAGCGCACACCAACAGCAGCAGCAGCAGCAGCAGCAGCCUCCUCAGCCACACAUGCUGAGCCGCGCAGGCUCCCAUUACGGGCUGUCUGUAGCGGACGGCGGCAUGCGACUGGCAGACGGGGGCAUGAGAGUGGGAGGGGCUUGGGAUCAAGGGCAACAAGCCAGAGCCGCCCACGCUGCUGCCAUGGCUCCUCCCCUUCCGCUUAGCCGCCUGUAUCGGGAUUCUCUGGCCGGCAAGCUCCUGAUGCCAGACGGCCAGCUCCGCCUCCGCAGCAGCAGCAGCAGGGAUCCCUCUCCGGCCGCCGCCGCCGCUCUGUAUGGGCUCGAGCAGUGCUCUCCGCUCCCCGCGCUCUCCUCUCGCUACCCGGCUCACGUUGACCCCUCGUCGUCGCCGUACGCCGUCGGCCGCUGUGCCCUGUACUCCGACCUCCACGGCCUCGGCCUCCCCCUGGACCCCUGCCAGGCGGCUGCUGCUGCUGCCGGCUCGCUCGGCUCUCUGGGCUUCCUGCACGCCGCAGACCCAGCCGUCCUCGCCGCCUCCCAGGGACUCAACGGAGCCCUACCGCCACCGCGAGGGAUGAUGCUCCGACACGACGCAUCGCCGGCGGGCGUGGGCUACGCCGCCGUGGCCACGCCCAGGCUGCCCUACGACCCCGCCUACGACCCCUCGGCCGCCGCAAUGGCCGCCGCCGCCGCCGCCCCAGCACCGCUCACGGCCGGCGGCAUGCCCUCGCACCCCUCCGCCGGCAUGGCCAUGGACUCCAAGCGCAUGGUGGACCCCGCCUUCCUGGCGCUGCUGCGGGCGGAGGGGCUGUCGGAGAGCAGCAUCACGCUCCUCCUGCAGCAGGGCUUCGACUCCACCGCCAUGCUGUCCAUGAUGGAGGAGCACGACGUGCGCGCCGUGGCCCCUAAUCUGGGUCAGGCACGUGUGCUCUCGCGCGUGGUGCUGAACUGUAAGACGGGCGUGGUGGCGGCUGCUGCGGGCGACGCUGCUGCUGCCCAGAGGCUGCGGGCGCGCUCUAACAGUUUCACUCACCGCAGCGACAUGUACAUGCACCAGCCUCCUCCAGGAGUGGCGGCCGCAGGGGUCGGGGUCGGGCUCGGCGGCAUGGAUCCCCACAUGAUGCAGCACCAGGCGCCCGGCGCCCUGCAGGCCAUCUCCCCGCGCAUGGGCGAGUUCUUGGGUCGCCGCCCCAGCAGCGCGCCCUCUCAGCACCUCCUGGAGACCACCACCUACCCCGGCGCCCCCGCCAGACCCAUGGCCGCCAUCCCCGUCAGCCCGGGGGGGGCCUACGGUGCCGGUGCCGUCGUGCCCGUGCAGCCGAGGCCGAUGACCAGCUACAACGCCCACACGGGGCUGGCCAUGUCCGCGCUCAGCCUCCAGCACCACCAGCAGCAGCAGCAGACGCCUGGCGCCCCCCUCACCCCCGGCUCGGCCCCCAAGACCUUCUCCGGCAGCUACAGCCCCGUGGAGCUGAUGAAGCGCAACCCCAACCUGCCGCCCCUGUCGCCCGCGGCGCACAGCCCCCACCACAGCCCCCAGCUGAUGAGGAAGGGCCCUGGGGGGGGCGGCGUGGUCGUGGAGAACGCCGGCAUGACGACCGCCGCCGCCGCCGCUGCCGCUGCCACCAUGCAGAGCAACAACACGGUCAUCGUGGGCAACCAGAAGAUGACGCGCAGGACCGGACCGCCCGUCAUCGUAUCAACUAUGGCGUCGCCUGACACAAGUAUCCGGCCCCAGAUCAUGAACGGGCCGAUGCACCCGCGCCCCCUGGUGGCGUUACUGGACGGGCGCGACUGCACGGUGGAGAUGCCCAUCCUCAAGGAUCUGGCCACCGUGGCCUUCUGCGACGCCCAGUCCACACAGGAGAUCCACGAGAAGAUUUAUAAAACCAAGGAUAGCCAAGGUCGCAUCCCAGACAGCCUAAGAAACUGCGUCAAUAAGGAGUUCUUUGUGACCUCGACCCCCUGGGCCGUCAUGGACCAGCAGGGCAUCCACCCCGAGCUCAACGGCACCGCCUACAGGUACCCGCCGGGGCUAGUGGGCGUGGCUCCAGGGGGCAUCCCCGUGUCCAUGGAGGGCCUGGGGGUUCCCGGUGGGGGGGUCCCCGUGGCCCACAGCCUCCCCUCGGGCACCCACCCAUCACAAGCCCCCUCCCCCAACCAACCCUCCAAACACGGAGACUCCAGAGAACACCUGACCGAGCAAUAGCACCAGGGAGCCAAUCAGGAGCCAGGAGGAGACAUUCUGUUGCUACAGCGACACCAUAGCGACACCAUAGCAACCAAGCGAACAACCAACCAAUAGCACCAGGAGGAGACAUAUUGUUGCUAUAGCGACACCAUAGCAACCCAUAGCAACCAAGCGAACAACCAACCGACCAAUCAAACGGGACCAAGAGACAGACAGUGCACUCACCCGCUGGCACUACAGCAACUGGGGGUUGACGGACAAAAAGCGUUCCAUGGAUUUCUUAAUGCCUCCAAUUUUUCAUUGUUUUGAAUCUUGUCUGUUUCACUUCUGGCUCAGAAAACGACAUUGUUGUUGAUUUUGAAGGAGUUGUUGUUUCUUUGUUUUGUUUUAGUUUUUUUCUCCUUACAAAAAAUAGUUUUUCUCUUUUGGACAUCCAUUGUGCUAUAACACUAUGAAGGUGAUGUACGUGAUCGUGAGAGGAACACCUUUUCCACCUCAACAAACCAACAUCACUGAUUGGCUGGUCUUUUUUCCCCACUUCACCAAUGGGAGAGCAGAGCUCUGAGAUAGCCAACCACAGCAUCGCGUCCAGCUGGACCCCGCCCCCUCCACCUCCCCAAACCUUCUACAUGACCUUUGACCUCUUC